GAUACGUCACAAAGCCACGCCUCGAAGAUGACGAUGCUUGUACGAGCGUGAGUUGGUUUGCACCGAACUGAAAACAAGCAAAAAAAACCCAAGUAGAUAAAGACUAAAGAUGUCAGAGGCAUCGGAACCUCCUGGUGCCCAGCCCAAGUCCGUCAGAAGAUCUCCCCGCCUGUCUCCAGGGGUCAACAAGAGCGGUGGGAAAAAAGGAAGCCUGCGGGAGGUGAAGAGAAAAGGCAAGAUGGAAAGAGACCGAGCAAAGCAGGAAGAUGAGCUGAACCUGAAGCUGCACCAGCUGGAUAUCACAAGCCGGGCUGCAGCCACGGGAACCGGUCUAGUCUACACCGAAGCCUUCACUCGCCACAAGAACCUGUGGGACACCAGUCACCCAGAGUGUCCUGACCGAGUGACAGGCAUCAUGGGCGAGUUGGAGAGCCAGAACCUGCUGUCUCCUUGUGUCAGAGUCCAGCCGAGGGAAGCAACAGAAGAGGAGCUGCUGCUCGUGCACUCAAAACAGUAUGUUAACCUCAUAAAAUCAACACUGUCGAUGCCGGAGGAUGAACUGAAGCAAUUGUCAGAUCAGUAUGACUCUGUCUACAUCCACCCGGAGUCCUUUCAGGUGGCAUCAUUAGCUGUGGGUUCAGUGCUUCAGUUGGUUGACCAGGUCAUGACGUCUCAACUCAGGAAUGGAUUCGCUCUUGUCAGGCCACCCGGACAUCACGCUCAGUCUGACUUAGCCAAUGGAUUCUGUCUCUUCAACAACGUGGCCAUUGCUACUCGAUACGCUCAAACCAAACACGAUGUUAAAAGGGUGUUGAUCGUGGACUGGGACGUUCAUCAUGGUCAAGGAAUCCAGUACCUGUUCCAGGACGAUCCCAGUGUGUUGUACUUCAGCGUCCACAGGUUCGAGGGCGGAGGCUUCUGGCCUCACCUGCCAGAGUCGGAUUGCAAGUUUGUCGGUUCUGGUCGAGCUGAAGGAAGAAAUAUCAACCUGGCGUGGAACCAGACGUCGAUGACUGACGCCGAUUACAUCGCAGCUUUCCAGCAGCUGCUGCUGCCUGUGGCCUAUGAGUUUCAACCUCAGCUGGUUCUGGUCUCCGCUGGCUUUGAUGCUGCUCUUGGAGAUAUGAAGGGUGAAAUGUCAGUUCUUCCACCGUGCUUUCACACCCUCACACACAUGUUGAUGGGAAUCGCUGAAGGUCGCCUGAUUCUCGCUCUGGAGGGGGGCUACAACCUAUCGGCCACGGCCCAAGGGGCGGCGGCGUGUGUCCGAGCUCUGUUGGGCGGAGCCUGUCCCAUAUUGUCGUCACCCACCGCACCAUGUGACAGUGCUCUUCAGUCAAUCUCUGAGACCAUUUCAGCUCAGUUUCCUCACUGGGCAUGGCUGCAGGUGCUCCAAGGCAACAAGCAGGAGUGUGGGGGAAACAGAGCAGAGACGUUCUCCGCUGACUCGAGCUUCAGCCAGUCGGUGUUCACGACAACCGCUCUGGUGUAUGAUGAAAGGAUGAUGGAGCACGAAAACAUGUGGGACAGGCAUCACCCUGAACAGCCUCAAAGAAUCUCAAAAAUAUUCUCCAAACACGAAAAGCUUGGAUUGGUCGGCCGAUGCCUUCGUAUACCAGCUCGCCUCGCCACCGAAGAAGAGCUCGCCAUGUGUCACAGCGCCCAGCAUGUCCAGCAGAUGAAGGCGACGUCAACAAUGAAGCCCAGAGAGCUUUACAAACUGGGAGACACCUUCAACUCCAUCUUCUUCAACAAUCAGAGCUACAACUCGGCCUGUCUGGCUGCUGGGAGCUGCUUCACUGUUGUGGAGAAGAUCCUCAAAGGGGAGGUCAACAACGGAGUGGCCAUCGUCCGUCCUCCUGGGCACCAUGCGGAGAAACACUCUGCCUGUGGAUUCUGUCUCUUCAACACUGUAGCGCUCGCUGCCAAACACGCCCAGAGCAUCUCCCAGCCGGCGCCACUGCGAGUCCUCAUCCUGGACUGGGACGUCCACCACGGCAACGGGACCCAGCACAUGUUUGAGGAUGAUGAAAGCGUGCUCUACAUCUCCCUUCAUCGCUAUGACAACGGGAGUUUCUUUCCAUCCUCGGAGGACGCAGCAGCUGACAGGGUUGGCGUGGGCAAGGGGGCUGGCUUUAACGUGAACGUGGCGUGGUCUGGCGGCAGGAUGGGAGACUCCGACUACAUCACUGCUUUCCUUCAUGUUGUGAUGCCCAUCGCCACUGAGUUCAACCCGGGUCUGGUCCUAGUCUCCGCUGGCUUUGACGCGGCCCGUGGGGACCCGCUUGGAGGCUACAAUGUCACCCCAGAAGGGUACGCGCACCUGACACACAUGCUGAUGUCCUUAGCCGGUGGGCGUGUCUUAAUCGUGCUGGAGGGGGGCUACAACCUGACGUCCAUCUCUGAGUCAAUGGCCAUGUGCACAAGUGUGCUACUCGGUGACCCCCCUCCUGCCCUGGUGACGCCCCUCCCCCCUCCCCACCACUGUGCUGUGACAGCUAUCAACCAGGUCAUCCAGCAUCACGCCCCCUACUGGAAGUCUCUUCACAUACAGAUUCCACAGGCGGUGUUAGACUCUGUGAGCUCCCCGUUGCAUCGUGGGAAACGUGAGUCUCAGGGAAAAGGCAGGAAGUCUGGACGGGUCAGCACAAGCAGACCGCCCCUGGACGACACGAGUCUGGAGCAGCUGACUCAGGGACUGGCUACUCUGGACCUGGACAAGAGCGCCAACGGCUCCACGCUUCCUGUGGAUACUGUGCGGGACAGUAGUGGUCCUACUGCGUCUCCGGACGUGAGCCAAUCACCUGAGAACGUUCAGGCUGUCGACAUGGCAACUCCACCGGUGUCCGAAACAGAGGGUGCCACAAGUGCGGAGGCGGAGCCAGAGGGAGCUUGUGGUUGGUCAAAAGGGACGCUGGAGGUGACGUGUGCAGCAGAGAUGGAUGGGGCAACCAUGUACGUGGUGGACCCGCUGCCCUGGUGCCCUCACCUGGACGCAGUGAAACCGCUGCCCUCGUCAGGAGUUGACGUUUUUCAGUCGUGUCAGGAGUGCGGAUCCGGGGCAGAGAACUGGAUCUGCCUUUCCUGCUACCAGGUUUUCUGCGGCCGCUACGUGAAUGAACACAUGGUGAUUCACGGAGUCACGACUGAACAUCCGCUCGUCCUGAGCUUCUGUGACCUGUCGGUGUGGUGCUACCAAUGUGAGGCCUAUGUCCACAACCAGGCUCUGUUUGAGGCAAAAAACUCGGCCCACCGAGCCAAGUUUGGAGAGGAGAUCCCACCAUGGAGCUGAGGAACAUGUCCCUCAGGUGGACUCCACAUCACCAGCCUCCAGAGUUGGAGUUCAGAGGGUCAAAUCUAG